AUGGAGGCUAGGUACUCCCGUCUUGGGCUCAUUGGUGCGGGGAAGGUUGUUUUCGUUACGAGUCCGAGAGACAAGUCUGCCAUGUUACUUCAAGACUACCGGAAUUUUCUGAGAACAGUGGAACAAAGCAUUAAAGUUGGGUAUGAUACCAAGCUUUCGAUCUUACCGAUCUUGGAUGUUGCUGCCCGCAAUUUUCGGAAUCCGCGCUGUGUGAUCGGCUUUUUCGAAUUUCAGGGAAACACCAUCCUGAGCCGCUAUGCUUUCAUCGCGGGUGCCAGGCAACGUAGAAUGGAGUACCAGCGCCGCGUACCUUACUCGAGAAUCUUUCUCGGAAAAGACACCACAAAUAUUAUCAUGUCCGACUUUGAAGACGACGAACCAGGCGAUGCACUGGGUAAUUUCGAGGAGGAAGGCGACGUUGAAGCGUUUGCGGGAGAUCCCGAGGGCGGAGACGAUGACGACGAGGAAGGCGAUGAUGAUGACGAGGAGGAAGCCGAAAUCGAACUUGGGGAUGAAGAUACGGAUGAAGACAACGACGAUGACGACGAUGCUGGUGCAGAUGACGACGAAGGAGCAGGAGACGAUCAGCAAGACGAUGGAGGGGACGACGCAGAAGAGGGUGAUGAAGGAGACGAUGACGACGACGAAGAGGAGGAUGAUAACAACGAUGACAAUGCAGAACUAGGGACAAGCGCGCUUGUUCGGCAGGAACUGAUUGAGGACGACCCUGAGGAUUACGAAGAUGCUGGCGGUGAUGAUGAUGACGACGAUGAAGAGGAAGAAGAAGAGGAAUUGGAAGAUGACGACGACGAUGAUGACGAAGUUGUCGAGGUUGAUGAUGACGAAGACGAUGACGACGAUGAUGAAGACAACGACGACGAACCUUCUAACAAGAGACAGAAGACUUGAUUGUUUCUCAAGUUGUUUUGCUAUUUCGCUAAGUUAGGGGAUCCUUGUUUAUCUUGUAUC